AAUUGGAGUUAUGAUACGUCUUUGUUUUUCAUUCGACGCCAUAUUUCGUAUAGGAUGAUUUGUUUUGUAUAAUUUCAACGUUGUAACAGAUUCGUUUGUGUUUAGGUUUGAAGAAGAGGGAAAAAGUCUUCUUGCGAUGUUAGAGAUAACAUAGAGAGUUGGAACACUUGAUUUGGGACAUAUUUAAAAAAAAAUGCAGGAGUACUCUUAUUUACAAUGAAGAAAAGAAAAUCGGAUUGGUGCAGUAGUUUUAGUGCAGAUGUGUCAUUUCUGGUGCAGCAUCUGCAACCCGAGCUAAAAAACAGUUGCUCGACGAAUUAUCUCUUGAAAUUAUCAUGGUUGGACUGAUUUGUAAAACAUACAACCAAGUGUAUAAAGUUAUUGGGAUGAAGAUUUUAUUCAAGAGUUUAAUUUUCAUAGAAGUGCUUAUGGCUUUGGUUGCCCAAUUAGGGUGCAUGAACUGAGAUACAAUUGAUGCCAUUCCUCUUCUACAAGUGACGUCCUUCUUGGUUUCUACAUCAGACGACAUGAUGCUGCCUAGGAUGUGGCCAGCCCAAAUACAAACACAGCAGCUCCAGCAGUUGCAAACACAGAACCAGCUUCAUCAGAAGCAGGUACAAAAGCAGCAACUGCAGCAGCAGCUGCUGCCACAGCCCACUUCUUUGCUGCAGCAGCAACAGCAGCAACAACAACUGCAGCAGCAACAACAACAACAGGAGGACCAGCAACAGCAGACUGGUCCUCGUACCCUUGGGAUGACCUCUGCCAUCAGCCUUGCCAUGCCAAAACCCAUUGACAUUCAGAGAACUCUAGAACUGCAAGAAGUCCUUAAACCGUAUAAUGUAUUUGAAACUGACGAAGAGCUCAAUCAUCGGAUGGAAAUUCUUAGUAAACUUAAUUCUCUUGUGAAGGAAUGGAUUUGUGAGGCUAGUGUGAAAAGGAAUAUGCCUCUGAAUGUAGCAGAGCAAGUGGGCGGUAAAAUAUAUACAUUCGGAUCGUAUAGACUAGGUGUACAUCACAAAGGAGCUGAUAUUGAUGCUCUUUGUGUAGCACCAAGACACAUCGAACGUUCCGAUUAUUUCACUUCAUUUUUUGAACUCUUAAAGCAACAAAAGGAAGUCACAGAUCUCAGAGCUGUUGAAGAAGCAUUUGUUCCUGUUAUAAAAAUGAAUUUUGAUGGUAUAGAAAUAGAUAUGUUAUUUGCAAGACUGGCUUUAAAAGAAAUUCCUGAUACAAUGGACUUGAGAGAUGACUGUCUUUUAAAAAAUCUUGAUCAAAAAUGUGUGAGAAGUUUGAAUGGCUGCCGAGUGACUGAUGAAAUCCUUAGGUUGGUUCCAAAUAUUGAGAGCUUCCGUUUGGCCCUUCGAACAAUAAAACUUUGGGCGAAAAAGCAUGGGAUUUACAGCAAUGCACUGGGAUAUCUUGGAGGUGUCUCAUGGGCAAUGCUAGUUGCACGAACUUGCCAGCUGUAUCCAAAUGCCGUCGCUGCGACCUUGGUGCACAAGUUCUUCCUCGUUUUUUCUCAGUGGAAGUGGCCCCAACCCGUCUUGCUGAAACCACCGGACACUGUUAACUUGGGAUUCCCUGUGUGGGAUCCAAGGAUAAAUGCUGCAGAUAGAUAUCAUUUGAUGCCUAUUAUCACACCAGCAUAUCCACAACAAAAUUCUACUUUCAAUGUAUCUAUAUCAACCAGAACAAUAAUGCAAGAAGAAUUUAAACAGGGCCUAGCAAUAACGGAAGACAUAAUGGUUGGAAAAUGCACUUGGAACAAAUUAUUCGAGCCUCCUAAUUUUUUCUCCAAAUACAAGCACUUCAUAGUUCUUCUGGCAAGUUCAGCUUCAGCGGAGGAUCAGUUAGAGUGGUGUGGACUAGUUGAAUCUAAAGUGAGGCACCUUAUAGGCAAUUUGGAACGCAAUCAGCAUAUAACAUUAGCACACGUGAACCCAGAGUGCUUCCCUCCUCUUGAUGCUGAACCCGGUGUAUUCUGUUCCAUGUGGUUCAUUGGACUUGUUUUUGCCAAAACUGAGAAUUUAAAUGUUGAUCUCACAUACGACAUUCAGUCAUUCACUAACUCCGUUCACAGACAAGCAGCACAGAUAAAGAUGUUGAAGGAUGGGAUGAAAAUAGAAGCACGCCAUGUAAAAAGGAAACAAUUACAUAUGUAUCUGUCACCAAGCCUGCUCAAAAGAGAGAAGAAGGCGAGUGGCACACCAGGCAGCACUCCACCACAGCAAAGGAAUGGUGCUAAUAAUGUUUCUGUGCCUGCUGAUGGUAGUGGUAACACAGCUGGCAAGAAACGUGUUUCUGAUUCGUCACUUGAUGGACUGCCCAAAAAACCAAGGACAACAGAUGAAAAUUCUUCGCAUGGUGAUGAAUCCCCAAGCAGUUCAAUAGUAGUUCACUGUUGUGAGGAUUCCAACUCUGUGGAUGAACGUGGCCUUAGUGGAGAAGAGUUGAGAAGUGAAGAGGAUGUUUCUCAAGACAUCUCAAUCAACCGAGAGGAAAGGCCAAACAGUCUUCAAGAAGGCUUUAUUUGUACAUGACAACAAGAAACAAAUACUGAAAGACUUCGCUGUUAAUUUCAGGUAAAGCAAAGCAGCUAUCAGUUACAGAAUCCCUCAUUGUGGAUUUGUAGGCUGUCACUGCUGUUGGGAUGUUUAUAAAUGCUUUGUCAGGCAUAAAGAUAUGACAACUGGUAUACAAAAGGGAUACUUGAAUUUCUUUCUUCUUAAGAUACACCUCAGGUGUUCAUCAAGUUUUAUGACUUCAGAAGAGUAUGGAUAUUACAUGAUCUUGCAUAUGUACAUUCAAGCAAAUGGUAAACAGUACAACUGAAUGUUGUGAAUCCAUUCAACACAGCUAGCUGUGUACUUAAAUUGUGUACAUAUUCCUAUAUACAUUAAUAAUGUUUUAAAAGCACAUAGCUUCCUUGAAUGUUUUGUCACACCAAACAUUUUUUUCUUGAGGGUUAAAAGUAAUUAACCAGAAAUAGAUUUUUUAUUCAUUGUACUGACUUGUACUAAAUUUUGCAGUGAGUAGUGUGCAGUGAGAGAACUUAAGAAUACAUGCUGUACAGUACAAUUGUAUACACACACACACACACACACACACACACACACACACACACACACACACACAUACACACACAUAUAUAUAUAAAAAUAUAUACAUAUAGAAAUUAGAGUGUUUUAUAUUUUUCUUUUGACUUGUUCAGUGUAUUUCAAUGAGCCCUUUUGCAUUUUUUUACUGUUCAGUGGGGGUUGUUGUGCCACCACAACAUAGUGUAGUUAUGUUUAUUGGGGAUUAAAGCUGAUAGAGAAAGUGAUUAGAUUUGUUUCAUACUGAAGUGUUUGACACCUAUAAAUAUAUUUUAUAUGGACAGAAAUGAAAGAUUGAAUUAAUAUCAACCAUUGUAAAUAAAUUAAAUCUUCCAAGGAAUGUGUCAUUAAGUUCUCAGUCUGUGUCCAGUUUAUUUUCUAAUGCUGAAUGGGAAUCUGACUUUUUACAUGUGUGUACAUGAAUAUUGAGUGAUUUUUUUAUUUAUACAUACCUCACACAUUGUAGACUGCAUUUUAUAAUGUGCAGUUUUGAAGUUGUUAGAAUUGUGCUCUUUGUACCCUCAUGAAAUGCCGUAUGUUUAACAUGCAGGGACGUCUGCAGUUUUGUUUGAGGAUUCAUCUUCAUGACUAAUUAUCACUACAGGUAAUUGGGUUAAAUGUCUUUUGUUUUUAAUUGUUGUGGUAAUGGAAAAAGAAGUUGUAGCUGUUUGCUGCAGGAGAAAACAUUUAUUUAUUUAAUUUAAUAUGUUGCUCUUUGUAAAACAGCAAAUGAAGUGUCCUGCAGACCUGCUGUAGGUUAAUCAUAAUUAGUAAUAAAGUAUGUUUCUGGAAACUCUUCAGUAUUGAAAUACAUACCUCCUUGAAAGUAAUAUGAAUUACCAAACUAUCUUUUGUUAUUCAGUAGUCUUGUGCCAGACACCAGUACUAAACUUAUUGCAUGUAUCUGAAUGAUAAUGAGGAUUAUAGUAGUAAUAAAUGUCUACUCAAUUUUAUUAAAGCAAAAAUUUGAUUUGCCUCAAACCACAGUUUUUUUUAUUUUCUAACUUUCCACAGAUUAUGUGCAUUUUAUCAUCUGUAAUGAUAGUCAUGUUAAUAAUAAACAUGUGUAAUGUGAAUUUUAUGACCACAUGUCUGUCCUCUUAACAGAUAUACAAAGGUUCAAAUUUUAUUUUAUAUCCUGUUAUAACAAUGCCUUUGCCAAUCAAAGCUGCAUAAAGUUUUUUACCCUGGAAAAUAUAAAAAUGAUGAGAUUUUUUUAUAUUCAUGUAGGAUAUUAAUGAGAAUGAAAUUGAGAGAAUUCGGCGUCAGCAUUCCAUUAGCUAUUUGUCUUCGUUACUUAUUUUUUACAAUUGCAUCAAACUAUCUACCAGUCAGUAUUUUCAUUUUCAGUCUCAUUUAAUAUUUUGUUUUCUGUUAAAAAGCAGAUUAACAAAAUUAUGCUCAGAUAAAGCCUGAAUUAUGUCUUUAAGUGGUAUGGUGCAAUUCUGCAAAGAUGUAGAGAUUAGUAUGAAAUGAUUUGUAAAGAAUAUAAAGUGUUUGAUAAAAAUC